AUGCCCAUAAUCGACAAAGACGUGCCCCCGGUCAUCUCGAUCCCGUCGGCCACGCUGCGCAAGUUCUCGGGAUCUCGCGUCGACCCCUACACCCGCUACGUAGCCUAUCGGCUAUUCAGGGACUUGAACAUAUCCGUCCAGGGCCAGCGAAACAUCAACAAUGCGCUCAGUAACCUCCCCGUCCACGUCUCCGUCGCCCCGGGUGAGAAGCUGUCCUUCGGCUGGGGUCUGUCAAACGUCAUUCGUGACCAGGCCGUCCACGAGGGAUCCUACGAGCACCUGGCCAUGAUGAUUGCGUUGGGAGAAAGCUUCCAUGAACCGUACGGAGCCAGAGUGCUCAUGGCCAUGGCCAACGCGGCAGCUGGGCCCGAGGAUGUGACGCCCCAUUUCAAUCAGUGGCAGGCCGCUCUGCACGGCUGCAACGGCAUCUUCGCUACGUCGGAUUUCGGUCUGCUGGUCGAGGACUAUCUCCAAAUCGACCCCUAUCCCAUCGUCUACCCAAUGAUGCAGGUCAAGAGCAUCGACACCGUCUUCCCACCUAGCAUGAUUGCCCAAGCACUGCAGGCGUUGAUGUGCGUCACAAAGGGAGAAGCGAAGCACGUUACGCUCAUCGGCAGCGCCAUCAUAUCGUGGUUCGCAGCCAUCGCCGAGUGGCUGUGCGACCUGCGAAUCGUCGUCUAUCAGAAGGAUGGGAAAGAACUCCGCGUCACUCACCCAGAUCAAGAGCCACAGCUGACGCUGGUGUUUGUCCCAGAGGCGGGCAUUAAAGCAUCAUUCGAAGCAUGGAAGCCUGCGGGCCCUGCCGUCGAGGAGUUGUCUCUGAUCGACCGGACCUACUCUGCGACUCUCCAUACGACACGCUUUGGCGGUCGGGUGGCAUGGCAGUCACUGCUACCCCGAGUUUUUGGCAAGAGUUUUCACCACCUGGACCACGACCAGUCCAAGGCCUUCGGAACCAUGAUCGGCAGUGCGGCACGGAUGUUCGAGGGUCUGGCGCAUGGCAAGGGACACGAGGAGCACGGGCAACUGGUGUCGGUCCAAAACCAGAGCAAUACCGCGUCGUACGGCGCCGGUCUCAUUGAAACCAUCACGAACUGGCUCCCCGAAUUGCGCAGAUUCCAGGGCCGCAUGGAGCGCUCGUUGAAGCUCUCUCACGAGGAUGCCUCAGCCUCGUACGUGGAGAACCUCACCAAAAUCAGGAAGGCCUGCCACUGCGGCAUUUGCACAUCCAAGGACGAGGUGACCCAAGAAAAGGAGGGCCUCCCACCAGAUCACGGAUACUGUCUCGCGGUCUUGGUUGAGACGGUGAUCUCGCUGGGUUUGACUCUUGCCCGGAUGGCGGUGUCGGCCCAUUUGUAUCCCACCCGAUCAGGCAUCUACAGCUUCUACCAGAGCCAGGUGGCCAGGAGAAUGGAGGCGCGGGGCUCGCACUGGACGAUACAUUUCCAACUCGUGUAUGGCAACGUGUGGAACGCCCCUGAUGCCGUGCGGCUGCAAAGCUCGGUGCAGAUAUUCGCCGGCUCGCGACCCCAGAAGAACCUCCCCGAGAACCUGGUGGCGCUCUCCCACGAGGGAUGUUGCGCGUAUUUCAUGGAUCUGGAACGGCGAAUGAAGUCUUCGUCAGAUUGCCCCCAGGUCAGGCUGAUCCGGGUGGUUCCUGGGGGAAUCAACGUGGCCGAGAAGGUGUUCGACAGGGCGUGCAUGGGACCCGUGGAGGACGCUAACCAAGACGAUCCAUGGGAGGAAAUCACAUAUGAGCAUCUCCCGGAACCUCUCUUCCUCAAAUGA